AUGCGUGGCUGCUACCUCCUUGCGGGUAAAGACACUCUUGCCACAAAGUCACUCGUACCUGGUGUCUCCAUAUACGGUGAGAAGCGCGUAAGCGGUACAAUUGCCGGAGAGACCGAGUCCUGCGAGUUCCGCGUGUGGAAUCCAUACCGGUCGAAACUUGCGGCGGCGAUUUACGCUGGUGUUGCUCAGAUAUACAUGGAACCGGGCUCAACAGUGUUAUACCUGGGUGCUGCCAGUGGGACAACUGUUAGUCAUGUGUCUGAUUUGGUGGGUCCGGAGGGUGUUGUGUACGCUGUGGAGUUCUCACACCGUAGCGGGCGUGACCUGGAGGAGAUGUCGAAACGUCGGAGUAAUAUUGUCCCGAUCCUUGAGGAUGCCCGCUACCCGCAGAAAUAUCGGAUGCUGAUACCGCGUUUGGUAGACUGCAUCUUUAUGGAUGUUGCUCAACCCGACCAGGCGCGAAUAUUAGCUCUGAAUGCACAACACUUUUUGAAACAGAACGGUGGUUUUGUUAUUUCGAUAAAGGCCAAUUGCAUUGAUUCGACAGCGGACUCUGCUACUGUUUUUGCAUCGGAGGUGCAGAAGCUGAAGGACUCAGGGCUGAGACCGAAGGAACAGGCCUCGCUGGAACCGUUCGAGCGUGACCACGCUGUGGUUACAGGUUACUACAAAUCCCCCCCGCAAUAG